UUUAACGAAUUGCGUUUAUUCUUGUGCUCCUGUGUUUAAAGGAUAAACAUAACAAAACAUGUUUUAUAUUUCACUUUUAAAACCCAUAGAUAAUACAAGAUAAUAUAUAUAUUUAAAACUUUGUUCCUCCCUUCUUAUGGUAAAUUUCCUAUUUUGUUAACAUAUUUGCUUCAACCAAGCAGAAUGUUCCACUAAUUUGUACAUAUUUUUGGUCAUCUAGGAAGACAGUGAAAUUCUAUUUGGAUCCAAUGCGAGGUCUAUCUUUGGAGUGUUGUUAAACACACGUUUGUAAUUUACUAGCAUUUUCUGGGUGACUUUUGCUUUGGUAUUCCGAUCUAAUAAUUGUGCCAUCAUAUGUCAACAUGAAACAGUGAAGUUUGACACAAUCUGCCACUAUACACUAAGCAAAACAACAUGGCUUUAACUUUAUGGAGACUAUCAGUUAAUAAUGCCUUUAGGAGGUCAGUUCACCACAUGACUUUAAACUCAGUGAAAGGACAAAGAUUUUACAGCACCACUUCAAAAGAAGAAAUAAAAAGCGCUGGCCCAGGUAAAGUAUUAUCCGAGGUUCCGGUUUUUAUCAGUAGAGGUGCAAGUGGGACAGUGAUAUCUGAGAGGAGGGGUACAGUGAUGCUCAUUGGGAUUAACCGUCCUGAAGCGCGUAAUGCAGUAAAUCCAGAGACUGCUCAGAGACUGACCGAGGAGCUGUCGGCCUUUGAUCAGGACAAGAGCCUUAAUGUGGCAGUGCUUUAUGGAGUCGGAGGGAAUUUCUGCGCUGGUUUUGAUCUGAAGGAGUUGGCCCAGAGCUCUGGAUCUCUCAAACUGGAGCAAGAUGUCUGCCGUGGUCCUGGUCCUAUGGGUCCAUCUCGUAUGAGACUCUCAAAACCCUUGAUCGCAGCAGUCAGUGGGUACGCUGUGGCCGGGGGUCUGGAGCUGGCCCUGCUGGCUGACCUGAGGGUGGUUGAGGAGAGCUCCAUCAUGGGUGUUUUCUGUCGCAGAUUUGGUGUGCCAUUGAUUGAUGGGGGUACGGUGAGAUUGCCCCAGCUGAUUGGUCUCUCGCGAGCACUAGAUCUCAUCCUCACCGGCCGACCAGUAAAGGCACAAGAGGCUUUAACAUUUGGACUGGCAAACAGAGUGGUGCCUGAUGGCCAAGCACUUCAAGUGGCUCUUGAACUUGCCGAACAGGUCAGCGCAUUUCCACAGCUCUGUCUCCGUGCAGACCGUAACUCCGCCUACCACGCAGUCUUUGACUCCUCCUCCUUCACCCAGGCCAUGCAGUAUGAGUUUGACCACGGCCUGCCAGUCGUUGUAGCUGAAGCAGUCACUGGAGCAACUCAAUUCAGCUUAGGUGCUGGAAGGGGCGGGACGUUUUCUAAGAGUAAACUGUAAACUGCCAGAUGAACAGAUGUAAGACGGUUACUGUUAAUUUUACAGUGUAUCACAGGUUAAACUCUAUGGACUGUUUUUUUUUUUUUUUUUUUCAUCGAAGAUAAAACUUA